AUGUCCUGCUUCAGGUAAGGUUGUUGUGGUUGGAUUGUGGGUGGUUAGUAGUUGAGAUGGUGGUUAUCAGUAGGUUCAUAAUGGUCAUUACAGGUUAGGGACUGAAGUUGUUUGGCUUUCAUGUUUGGUCUUCAUCUUCAACCGUCGGACAUAAGACUGAAGGUCUAGAAUUAGAUAUUGCAUUUUUUGGACAGUAGGUUUAACAGUGUGCAGCAGGUGUUGUUGUUGGAUGCACACUUCCCACAGUCAGGGUUGAUUUGUGGCCACUUGUGAGUCAUUUUAGGACUGUACAGUCGUGGUCAAAAGUUUUGAGAAUGAAACAAGUAUUGGUCUUCUCAAAGUUUGCUGCUUCAGUGUUUUUAGAUAUUUUUGUCAGAUGUUACUAUGGUAUACUGAAGUAUAAUUACAAGCAUUCCAUAAGUGUCAAAGGCUUUUAUUGACAAUUACAUUAAGUUUAUGCAAAGAGUCAAUAUUUGCAGUGUUGACCCUUCUUUUUCAAGACCUCUGCAAUCCGCCCUGGCAUGCUGUCAAUUAACUUCUGGGCCACAUCCUGACUGAUGGCAGCCCAUUCUUGCAUAAUCAAUGCUUGGAGUUUGUCAGAAUUUGUGGGUUUUUGUUUGUCCACCCGCCUCUUGAGGAUUGACCACAAGUUCUCAAUGGGAUUAAGGUCUGGGGAGUUUCCUGGCCAUGGACCCAAAAUUUCGAUGUUUUGUUCCCCGAGCCACUUAGUUAUCACUUUUGCCUUAUGGCAAGGUGCUCCAGCAUGCUGGAAAAAGCAUUGUUAGUCACCAAACUGUUCUUGGAUGGUUGGGAGAAGUUGCUCUCGGAGCAUGUGUUGGUACCAUUCUUUAUUCAUGGAUUUGUUCUUAGGCAAAAUUGGGAGUGAGCCCACUCCCUUGGCUGAGAAGCAACCCCACACAUGAAUGGUCUCAGGAUGCUUUACUGUUGGCAUGACACAGGACUGAUGGUAGCGCUCACCUUGUCUUCUCCGGACAAGCUUUUUUCCGGAUGCCCCAAAAAAUCGGAAAGGGGAUUCAUCAGAGAAAAUGACUUUACCCCAGUCCUCAGCAGUCCAAUCCCUGUACCUUUUGCAGAAUAUCAGUCUGUCCCUGAUGUUUUUCCCGGAGAGAAGUGGCUUCCUCGCUGCCCUUCUUGACACCAGGCCAUCCUCCAAAACUCUUCGCCUCACUGUGCGUGCAGAUGCACUCACACCUGCCUGCUGCCAUUCCUGAGCAAGCUCUGCACUGGUGGUGCCCCGAUCCCGCAGCUGAAUCAACUUUAGGAGACGGUCCUGGCGCUUGCUGGACUUUCUUGGGCGCCCUGAAGCCUUCUUCACAACAAUUGAACCUCUCUCCUUGAAGUUCUUGAUGAUCCGAUAAAUGGUUGAUUUAGGUGCAAUCUUACUAGCAGCAAUAUCCUUGCCUGUGAAGCCCUUUUUGUGCAAAGCAAUGAUGACGGCACGUGUUUCCUUGCAGGUAACCAUGGUUAACAGAGGAAGAACAAUGAUUUCAUGCACCACCCUCCUUUUAAAGCUUCCAGUCUGUUAUUCUAACUCAAUCAGCAUGACAGAAUGAUCUCCACCCUUGUCCUCAUCAACACUCUCACCUGUGUUAACGAGAGAAUCACUGACUUGAUGUCAGCUGGUCCUUUUGUGGCAGGGCUGAAAUGCAGUGGAAAUGUUUUUUGGGGAUUAAGUUCAUUUUCUUUGCAAUUAAUUGCAAUUCAUCUGAUCACUCUUCAUACCAUUCUGGAGUAUAUGCAAAUUGCCAUCAUAAAAACUGAGGCAGCAGACUUUGUGAAAAUUAAUAUUUGUAUCAUUCUCAACUUUUGACCACGACUGUAGUAAAGCCUUCAAAGCUGUCGACAUUUUCUGUUGACAACCUUUUUAGUGUCCUGUGACUGACUCACUGUCUGUGUCUGUCUGGGUCGGACUGACUGUGUCUGUCUGGGUCGGACUGACUGUGUCUGUCUGGGUCGGACUGACUGUGUCUGUCUGGGUCGGACUGACUGUGUCUGUCUGGGUCGGACUGACUGUGGUCAGACUGACUGUGUCUGUCUGGGUCGGACUGACUGUGUCUGUCUGGGUCGGACUGACUGUGUCUGUCUGGGUCGGACUGACUGUGUCGGACUGUCUGGGUCGGACUGACUGUGUCUGUCUGGGUCGGACUGACUGUGUCUGUCUGGGUCGGACUGACUGUGUCUGUCUGGGUCGGACUGACUGUGUCUGUCUGGGUCGGACUGACUGUGUCUGUCUGGGUCGGACUGACUGUGUCUGUCUGGGUCGGACUGACUGUGUCGGACUGUCUGGGUCGGACUGUCUGGGUCGGACUGUCUGGGUCGGACUGUCUGGGUCGGACUGUCUGGGUCGGACUGUCUGGGUCGGACUGACUGGGUCGGACUGACUGUGUCUGCCUGGGUCGGACUGACUGUGUCUGCCUGGGUCGGACUGACUGACUGUGACUGACUCUGUACCCUCCUUGUCAGCCUGGAUAUGAAAAUCAUAUUUGCGUGAAAUGUGCUAAUUUGAUCAAGGCUGCAAAUAUUUUUAAUACCACACAUGCCUUACUAGUUUGUAUAAUUUUGCUGCUAAGGCUGUAUUUUUUGUUACAUAGCAUAUGGCAGAAAUCUGCACUGAGAAGCAUGUGGUUCCCAACUACAGUGCCUUGCAAAAGUAUUCAUCCCCCUUGGCGUUUUUCCUAUUUUGUUGCAUUACAACCUGUAAUUUAAAUUGAUUUUUAUUUGGAUUUCAUGUAAUGGACAUACACAAAAUAGUCCAAAUUGGUGAAGUGAAAUAAAUAAAAAAACUUGUUUCAAGAAAUUAUAAAAAAUAAAUACCGGAAAACUGGUGCGUGCAUAUGUAUUCACCCCCUUUGCAAUGAAGCCCCUAAAUAAGAUCUGGUGCAACCAAUUACCUUCAGAAGUCACAAUUAGUUAAAUAAAGUCCACCUGUGUGCAAUCUGUGUCACAUGAUCUCAGUAUAUAUACACCUGUUCUGAAAGGCCCCAGAGUCUGCAACACCACUAAGCAAGGGGCACCACCAAGCAAGCGGCACCAUGAAGACCAAGGAGCUCUCCAAACAGGUCAGGGACAAAGUUGUGGAGAAGUAGCUCCUGUAAGUCGCUCUGGAUAAGAGCGUCUGCUAAAUGACUAAAAUGUAAAUGUAAGUACAGAUCAGGGUUGGGUUAUAAAAAAAUAUCCUGAACUUUUAACAUCCCACGGAGCACCAUUAAAUCCAUUAUUAAAAAAUGGAAAAAAUAUGGCACCACAACGAACCUGCCAAGAGAGGGCCGCCCACCAGAAUUCACGGACCAGGCAAGGAGGGCAUUCAUCAGAGAGGCAACAAAGAGAUCAAAGAUAACCCUGAAGGAGCUGCAAAGCUCCACAGCAGAGAUUUGAGUAUCUGUCCAUAGGACCACUUUAAGCCGUACACUCCACAGAGCUGGGCUUUACGGAAGAGUGGCCAGAAAAAUGCCAUUGCUUAAAGAAAAAAGUAAGCAAACACUUUUGGUGUUCGCCAAAAGCCAUGUGGGAGACUCCCCAAACAUAUGGAAGAAGGUACUCUGGUCAGAUGAGACUAAAAUUGAGCUUUUUGGCCAUCAAGUAAAACUCUUUGUCUGGCGCAAACCCAUCACCUCUCAUCACCCCGAGAACACCAUCCAUGUUUUUCAUCGGCAGGGACUGGGAAACUGGUCAGAAUUGAAGGAAUGAUGGAUGGCGCUAAAUACAGGGACAUUCUUGAGGGAAACCUGUUUCAGUCUUCCAGAGAUUUGAGACUGGGACGGAGGUUCACCUUCCAGCAGGACAAUGACCCUUAGCAUACUGCUAAAGCAACCCUCGUGGUUUAAGGGGAAACAUUUAAAUGUCUUGGAAUGGCCUAGUCAAAGCCCAGACCUCAAUCCAAUCCAAAGAAUGGGCAAAAAUCCCAGUGGCUAGAUGUGCCAAGCUUAUAGAGACAUACCCCAAGAGACUUGCAGCUGUAAUUGCUGCAAAAGGUGGCUCUACAAAGUAUUGACUUUGGGGGGUGAAUAGUUAUGCACGCUCAAGUUUUCACAAGAAAAAAUAUUUUGCAUCUUCAAAGUGGUAGGCAUGUUGUGUAAAUCAAAUGAUACAUACCCCCCAAAAAUCCAUUUUAAUUCCAGGUUGUAAGUCAACAAAAUAGGAAAAAUGCCAAGGGGGGUGAAUACUUUCGUAUGCCACUGUAUGUAUAUAUAUUUUAUUUAUUUAUUAUUAUGAUAAUUUUUUAGGGGGUAGAUCAGCUUUAAUAUUGCCGAUAGAUUGUAGCUUCCAUUAAUGUAAUUGUCUGCAUCAUUUCCAAUCCCCCAUAUAUAUUUUUUGUAAAUAUAUUUAUAUACAGUACCAGUCAAAAGUUUGGACACACUCAUUCCAGGGUUUUUCUUAAUUUUUACUAUUUUCUACAUUGUAGAAUAAUAGUUAAGACAUCAAAACUAUGAAAUAACACACAUGGAAUCAUGUAGUAACCAAAAAAGUGUUAAACAAAUCAAAAUAUAUUUUAUAUUUGAGAUUCUUCAAAGUAGCCACCCUUUACCUUGAUGACAGCUUUGCACACUCUUGGCAUUCUCUCAACCAGCUUCAUGAGGUAGUCACCUGGAAUGCAUUUCAAUUAACAGGUGUGCCUUGUUAAAAGUUAAUUUGUGUAAUUACUUUCCUUAAUGUGUUUGAACCAAUCAUUUGUGUUAAAAUUACAUUUUUGGAAAGCAAAUAUUAUUUUAGCAAACAAUUAUUGUGAUUCAUCCUAUAUUGGCCCUAACAUCUUUACUCCCUAGCAACAGUUGUGGGAUACAUACAUACACACACAAACACUCAUACACACUCAACCCCUUUCCCCCACAAACAACCAUAAACUCAGAUGCUCAACAGUUGUUCCAUCCCAGAGCCCAACUCAAGAAAGGAAUUGAUUUACGAAUGCAUAUACAGUUCCCAACUAUGUUUGACGAUGCUGUCUAUUGCCAAGUGUAAUGCGCAUCAUAUGUGAUUUGCGUGACUUUAUUUCAGUGCCAAAGACGAUGGCAUCGACCUUGACGCCCUAGCAGCAGAAAUCGAAGGCGCGGGAGCCUCCAAGGAACAAGGUAAAGGAAAAGCCAAGAAGAAGAAAGACAAAAAGAAAGAGGAAUUUGAGUAAGUAUUUUAUUUCCUGUCUUCGACAGUAAUGAACGCUCCAUUUCAAAUCAUUAUGGAAAUAACAACCAACUGUUGGACGGAAAUAUUUUCUAUACUUGCCUUGGACUUUGCAGUCUACUGUGUACUGAUCAUAAUGAUUUGAUCUUUGACAGUGAAGAUGACAUCCUGAAAGAGCUGGAGGAACUGUCUCUUGAAACCACGGGCGCUAAAGGCAGCAAGGUAAAGUAUAGCCAUAUGCUAAUCUGCAUAUGUAAUGACCCUAUACCAGGUUAUAGCCCAAUGCUAAUAUGACUAUAUAAUGACCCUAUACCAGGUUAUAGCCCAAUGCUAAUAUGACUAUAUAAUGACCCUAUACCAGGUUAUAGCCCAAUGCUAAUAUGACUAUAUAAUGACCCUAUACCAGGUUAUAGCCCAAUGCUAAUAUGACUAUAUAAUGACCCUAUACCAGGCUAUAACAGGGUUUCCGUUAGCCGGUAAUAGCCGGCUUCAAAAAAAUGUAUAAAAUAGAAAAGCCGAUCAAUUAAAUUGGCACCGGCCAAUUGUCCGGGAGAAGGAAAGAAAUCCCAUUGCGAAAUAAUGCUUUUUAGCGUAUUCAUUGACGGAAAUACCAGUUGAUGUAAAUACAUUUGACCGGUCAUGCUUAUCAGUCUAUGGGUUAAUUUGCAUAAUUUAGUGGAAUUAUUCAUGAUGUAUCUUAUUUAUCACACGUGCACAGCAUACAGAUACAGAGCCUUUGAGCGGAAAAUCUGUCAGACAGUGCUUUUGCGCAACAAUUCUAAAUGCAAUCAUGGGUUAACCAUUUUUUGGCCACUAUUAAAAAUGCCUACAAUUUUUAUUUCUCAAAUGGUAAUUGAAGUGAGCGUCCCAUUCGCCAUUCAAAUGCAUAGGCAAUGGAAGGCAGGCUUUAUCAGCGCUUCACACACCACUUUGCAAUGAGCUGGAAGCCGUAUGCAUUUUGAAAACAUACAGCUACUUAAUUGUUUGGAACCUGAACGUUUUACUACAUAUUAUGAGGCAUGUUUUACCUUGCUUCAAAGUAGACUAGGCAAAAUCCGACCAUAUCCAUGGAGGCAAUUAUUUUAUAAAGACUUCCAUAAGCCAUUUAAACCAGUAGCCUAUUUAACAAAGAGAGCAUGCAGACGAAGCCAACAAGCACGAUUCUCUGUUCCUGGAUCUGAAUCAACUCGUCCCCAAAAUAGCAAAAUAAGCAAGAAAGGGACUGAUCAUGACCAAUCCAUAAACCGGAUAAACAGUGGAAUUAAUUUUGAAAGAUGGAAAAGUGAGGCCGAAAUGGCCACCGUUCUCAUGGACUGGUAACUUUAGUGCCGACAACCCCCACAGACUUGUCCCUCCAUCUCCUGAGUGGCGCAGUGGUCUAAGGCACUGCAUCGCAGUGCUAGCUGUGCCACUAGAGAUCCUGGUUUGAAUCCAGGCUCGGGGAGACCCAUGGGGCGGCGCACAAUUGGCCAAGCGUCGUCCAGGGUAGGGGAGGGAAUGGCCGGCAGGGAUGUAGCUCAGUUGGUAGAGCCUGGCGUUUGCAACGCCAGGGUUGUGGGUUCGAUUCCCACGGGGGGCCAGUAUGAAAAAUAAAAAAAUUAUGUAUGCACUCACUAACUGUAAGUCGCUCUGGAUAAGAGCGUCUGCUAAAUGACUAAAAUGUAAAAAUGAAAAGACUAAUCUGUCUUUUACUUAUCAAAGUUCUCAACUUAAUUGAGCAAACAACAGUAGGCCUACAGCCUGUCUUAUUGGCAUCAGUGGAGAGCAUCGGCCAUGUCCCCGGUGAGUGAGCACUGCGCAUAUUCACUCUUUAUCAUUGUCGGGUCAGUGCCACUUAAAAGUUAGUUUUUGGACAAUAAUUUCCUCUUCCAGUUUAGAUGGAUGUCAUGUGCAUGUUCUGUUAAGAUUAAUUACCAAAAUCUAAACGCGAUUACUGUUAUUCUGAGCACCGUGGGUGGACGCCCUAGUCAGGUUACGCACCCAGUGCAUAGGCCUAUGGGUCCAGUAAUUUAUUUUCAAAUGACCGGUAAAUUAAAAUGUUGCUGGUCAAAUGUCCGGCACCGGCACCACGUUUUCAUACAGAAACCCUGGGCUAUAGCCCAAUGCUAAUCUGCAUAUGUAACGACACUAUACGAGGCUAUAGCCCAAUGCUAAUCUGCAUAUGUAAUGACCCUAUACGAGGCUAUAGCCCAAUGCUAAUCUGCAUAUGUAAUGACCCUAUAUGAGGCUAUAGCCCAAUGCUAAUCUGCAUAUGUAACGACGCUAUACGAGGAUAUAGCCCAAUGCUAAUCUGCAUAUGUAAUGACCCUAUACGAGGCUAUAGCCCAAUGCUAAUCUGCAUAUGUAAUGACCCUAUACGAGGCUAUAACCCAAUGCUAAUCUGCAUAUGUAACGACGCUAUACGAGGCUAUAGCCCAAUGCUAAUCUGCAUAUGUAAUGACCCUAUACGAGGCUAUAGCCCAAUGCUAAUCUGCAUAUGUAAUGACCCUGUACCAGGCUAGCAAAGCACAUGCUCCUAUGGAGUACUCAUCACUUCCACAAUCCACAGAAACCAGACGCCACAGACGAGCCGGAGAGUGCCGCCGAGCCGCCGCCGCCCACCAAAGCAGAGAAGAAGAAGACGCGGAAGGGCAAGCGAGCCAGCCUGGAGGAUGACGACGGGGAAGACGAAGAGGUUUCGGGUACGGGUCACGUGGGAAAGGAGGACAAGCAGAAGGACAAGACGACGUCUGCUGCCCCCGCUGCUGCUGCUGCUGCUGGCUCAGACUCAGAGGACGAGGCCUCACGGACCCGGAGGAAACCUAAGGCAGGGAAGAAAGGAGGCCGCAAGGAGGCCUCGGACGAGGAAGAGGAGGAUGAGGAUGGAGGUGCGAGGAAAGGGGGGGGAGGAGGGGAGGAUGAUUCAGACGAUGACGGCUCGGUGGACGCGUCGCAGGCCGGAAAGAAAGGCAAGAAGAAAGGUAAAGCCAAGGCAGACGAUGAAGAGGAGGAAGAGGAGGAGGGAACCUUCAAGAUGAAGACGGCCGCUCAGAAGAAAGCAGAGAAGAAGGAGAGAGACCGCAAGAAGAAAGAGGAGGACAGGGCUAAGCUGAAGAAGCAGAAAGAGAAGGAGGAGGAGAAAGAGGGGAGUACUGAGGUGGCAGCAGUGCCUAAGAAAGAGAAAGAGGGAGUGAAGAAGAGUGAGCCAGCGGCCCCAGCUCCAGCAGCAGAGACGGAGGCAGCAGCAGAGAUUGAAGAUCAGGAAGGGGCUGAUCCUCAAGGAGAGGGUGAGAUUUAUAAUUGGUUAAUAUUGUAUCCAUUCCACAGCCUAAAUGGCAACACUUUACAAUGAGUUGCCCCUAUACCAUGUAGGAACUACUUUGGUUUUAAGAAUGUAAAUGUUUAUCUGUACCCAUUAGCUGCCGAUGAGGUGCUUGAAACAAUUAAUGGUAAGGGAAGGAAACUAACAGAUUUCUGUUUUAAGGUAGCUUGUUACAUGCCUUAAUUAAUUAAUUAAUUUUGCUUGACCCCAGGAAGAGUAGCUGCUGCCUUGGCAGGAACUAAUGGGGGUCCAUAAUAAAUACAAAUACAUGUGGUGUUAAUGUGUAGUUCCAUGCAGCCACAGUAGUAGAAGUCCUGUAGGAUCUACUUUGGUAGUAUUGUAAUUACUCAUCUUAAUUCUACCCAUUAGCAGCUGAUGCAGUGGUUGAAACAAUGAAUUAACCCAAUGGUAAUGUUUUCAAAGUAGUUAAAAGUGGCGUUACUGUGACGCUACAUGUAAUUAGUCCAAGAUGUAGAAAUGGCUUGAUGUUGCAGUUUCAUGGUUACGGUGUGGCUGUUUAGGUUAGUGUGCUAUGACUGAUUUCUGUUGGGGUUUUUGUGUUGCUUCAGAAGAGGAAGGGGGAGACAAGAAGGGCAAGAAAGACAAGAAGAAGAAGAAGGGGGACAAGGAGAAAGAGGAGAAGAAGAAGGGACCCAGCAAGGCCACAGUGAAGGCCAUGCAGGAGGCUCUGGCUCGCAUGAAGGAGGAAGAGGAGCGCGCCCAGAAGGAGGAAGAGGAGAACCUGCGUCGCCUGGAAGAGCAGGAGGCUCAGAGACUGGAGCAGGUUAGACACACACACACACAUUUACAUUUACAUUUUAGUCAUUUAGCAGACGCUCUUAUCCAGAGCGACUUACAUGAGCAAUUAGGGUUUAAGUGCCUUGCUUAAGGGCACAUCGACAGAUUUUUCACCUAGUCGGCUCGGGGAUUAGAACCAGAGACCUUUCAGUUACUGGCACAACGCUCUUACCCACUAAGCUACCUGCCGCCCCACACUGUACACAUACACACACACACACACACUGUGUACAUACACACACACACACACACACACUGUGUACACAUACACACACACACACACACACUGACCUCUUACCAACUGACCUCUUCAAUGUGACACCUACAGGAGCGCCUGGAACAGGAGCGCAAGGAGAAGAAGAAACAGAAGGAGAAGGAGAGGAAGGAGAGGCUGAAGAAGGAGGGCAAACUGCUGACCAAAGCCCAGAAAGAGGCCCGGGCCAGGGCUGAGGCCACACUUGAACUACUGAAGGCCCAGGGUAUUGAAGUGCCAUCCAAAGACGACUCGGUGCCAAAGAAGAAGCCAGUGUACGGAGACAAGAGAAAAAAGAAACCCCAGCAAGCACAGACCCCUGAAGGUAACAGCCUCUUCCAAUCCACGUCAAAUACCUUUCCAACUGCAAAAUCAUUGAUCUAUUCAUUCGUUUGUGCCUCAUCCCUCAUUCCUCCUCUUCCCUGGUCAGAGACCUCAGAGGUCAUGUCACCCACGUCGGAGACUGCAGAGCCAAUCAUCUCACCGAUGGCGGUGGAAGCUCCCAAAGUAGAAGCAGGUAAAAUGGACCAUUUAUCUUGGAGACUGAGCCUGCCUUUAUGUCCUCAGCUUGUUGUCCAGAUCUUGGUGUAACGCCAGACAACUUUCAUUGCCUCAGUCACAUUUCGUAUCACGUCUUCCUCUCCCUCCCUCCCUCCCCCCAGAGGUAGAGCAGAAAGCUGAGUCUGCAGUUGAUGACUGGGAGGCUAUCGCUGAGACUAUCGAUCAGGACAAAGGUAGGACAGGACAGACUUCAGGUUUUAGCAAUAUGGCACUCUCCCAAAGGCUUGUGGGAAUUUUCUCCAUGCUUACACCUCAUAACGUCUGUUCUCCCUCUACAGAGCUGAAGAAGGUCCACAUUGAGGUGAAGCCAGAGACGCCAAAGCAGCCCCAACAGAAACCCUCGUCACAGCCGGAGGAAGAGGAGGACGAUGAGGACGAGGAGGAAGAGGAUGAUGAGGAGGAGGAGGAGAGUGAGGAGGAGGAGGAGAAGGAGAGUCAGCCUCACGCACCGCAGCAGGCCCCAGCCACAAAGAGGAAGGGAGGGAAGGAGAGCUCAGAGUCCAGUAGUGACAGCGACUCAGACGAUGAUCUCACUAAAGAGGAGCGGAUCUACGACAAGGCCAAGAAGCGUAUUGAGGUAGUCUCAUACAUACACACUCCUAUCAACAUUGUUGAACGAUAGAGAAGUGUGAUGUGGUUCCGUCUGUGCUUCUCCUGUGUAGAAACGUCGAGCAGAGAACAUAAAGAACAUCAACCUGGACAAGCUCCGCUCCCCCGUGGUCUGUGUACUGGGCCACGUAGACACAGGCAAGACCAAGAUCCUGGACAAGUUGAGGCAUACUCACGUACAGGACGGAGAGGCAGGAGGGAUCACCCAACAGAUCGGAGCCACUAACGUACCUCUGGAGGCCAUCGUAGAGCAGACCAAGAUGGUGAAGAACGUGAGUACCGCUGCGCCUCUCCCUUCUGCUCAGACACAGUCAUACACUGAACCGUGAACGUACACUGAGUGUAGAAAACAUUAGCAACAGCUUCCUAAUGUUGAGCUGCAACCCCUUUGGCCCUCAGAACAGCCUCAAUUUGUCGGAGCAUGGACUCUACAAGGUGUCGAAAGCUUUCUACAGGGAUGCUGGCCCAUGUUGAAUCCAAUGCUUCCCACAGUUCUGUCAAGUUAGCUGGAUGUCCUUUGGGUAGUGGACAAUUCUUGAUACACGGGAAACUGUUGAGGGUGAAAAACCCAGCAGCGUUGCAGUUCUUGACACACUCAAACGGGUACGCCUGGUACCUAUUACCAUACCCCGUUCAAAGGCACUUAAAUAUUUUGUCUUGCCCAUUCACUCUCUGAAUGGCACACAUACACAAUCCAAGUCUCAAUUGUCUCAAGGCUUAAAAUUCCUUCUUUAACCUGUCUCCUCCCCUUCAUCUCACUGAUUUGAAGUGGAUUUAACAGGUGACAUCAAUAAGGGACCAUAGCUUUCACCUGGUCAGUCUGUCAUGGAAAGAGCAGGUGUUCCUAAUGUUUUGUACACUCAGUGUAUGUAUGGCAUUGGAUUUGAAUAGAUAGUUGGUGUUUAAUGGUUCUUUAAUCAUUUCAUUGUUUCCUCUUCAGUUCAACAACGAGGCCAUUAAAAUCCCAGGAAUGCUUAUCAUCGACACCCCAGGCCACGAGUCUUUCAGGUAAGCCCUCAUUCAGAAAAGUGUGUGUGGCCACUGCCUGCGUGUGUGUAUCUGACAGCAUCUCACACCAUCUCUCUCUAUGUCCAGUAACCUGAGGAACCGGGGCAGCUCUCUGUGUGACAUAGCCAUCCUGGUGGUGGACAUCAUGCACGGUCUGGAGCCUCAGACCCUGGAGUCCAUCAACCUGCUCAAGGAGAAGAAGUGUCCCUUCAUCGUAGCACUUAACAAGGUCAGUCUCUGUCUGAUCACCUCCCAGACAUGCUCAUAGCUUAUCUCUGGGGAUGGGAUGGAUUAUAUGUCUGGUAGAGGACUUGCAUGCAUUAAAGGCACUCAAUGGCCCACAAUUGACUGGGAAUAAAGCUACCGGGUUACAAUAGCUUGCAGUAGUUAAUUGGUUGCACAUCCAUGUGACAUGAUGUGUCUUGUUGUCCCUUCUAUUCGUUCCAUUUCUAUGUCUACUCCAGAUUGACCGUCUGUAUGACUGGAAGAAGAGUCCGGACACAGACGUGGUGGCCACACUGAAGAAGCAGAAGAAGAACACCAAGGAUGAGUUUGACGAGAGGGCCAAAGCUGUCAUCGUGGAGUUCGCACAGCAGGUCACUAACUAUAUGGACAAAGGAGGGAAUAGAGUUUCGGAGUUGACAGCACUUUUCACUAUUGCGAUGCACCGAUUGUGUGAACCCUGAGUGACCCUGCACCUUAGAGGCUGCUGCCCUAUGUACAUAGUCAUUGAACACUGGUCACUUGAAUGUUUACAUACUGUUUUACCCACUUCAUAUGUGUAUAUACUAUAUUCUAUUCAAGGCUCAUCCUAUACAGCUACUGCUGUACACACCUUUUCUAUUCAUAUAAUGUCCAUACUGUCUAUACACACCAUUAUAUAUGUGUGUGUGUGUAUAUUUAUAUAUUUAUAUUCCAGUCUCUGACAUUGCUCGUUCUGAUAUUUCUUAAUUUCAUUUAUUAUUAUAUUUAUGUGUAUGUUGUUAUUGUGUUGCUAGAUAUUACUGCACUGGUAGAGCUAGAAACAUGAGCAUUACACUGCACCUGCAAUAACAUCUACAAAUCUGUGUAUGCGACCAAUACACUUUUAUUUAAUCUCUCUUGUGUAUUCGUACAGGGUCUGAACGCAGCCCUCUUCCAUGAGAACAAGGACCCUAGGACCUUUGUGUCUCUGGUGCCCACGUCGGCCCACUCCGGGGACGGCAUGGGCAACCUGAUCGCUCUGCUGGUGGAGCUCACCCAGACCAUGCUAGCACGCCGCCUGGCUCACUGCGACGAGCUCAGGGCUCAGGUCAUGGAGGUGAGGGAGAACUACUACAUUACUGUCACAGCUUAUUGAGAUGAGGAAGAAGAAUCCUCCCUGUUGUUGUUACGGUUAGAUUGGUGUUAUUUUAGGGGCAUUUCUGUUACGUCGGUGUCAUUACCGUAGCGUCGGUGUCAUUACCGUAGCGUCGGUGUCAUUACCGUUGCGUCGGUGUCAUUGCCGUUCCAUCAUCUAACACUUAUUAUUAAUGUUGUAUUAAACUCAACAUGUGUCCCUGUCAAUCCUCAGGUGAAAGCCCUGCCUGGUAUGGGCACCACGAUAGAUGUGAUCCUGAUCAAUGGGGUUCUCCGGGAGGGAAUGACCAUCAUCGUCCCGGGGGUGGAGGGACCCAUCGUCACCCAGAUCAGGGGGCUGCUGCUGCCUCCACCCAUGAAGGAGCUCCGGGUCAAGGUAUGAAGGAAAUGCUUAUGUUGGGCCUUUCUUUAUUAAAGAGCACUUGUAGGUGCAGCAAACAGUUAUGACCUGAUUUCAACAGGAAUGUCAUGCUGUCCAUGACUUGGCUAGGGGUUAAUCUUAACUUCCACUUCCAAGUCUCAUUUUCACUAAGUAAUUCACUGAUGUCAAUGGCAGACUAAGCGAUAAUUUGACGGUGGAAGUUAGAAUUGGCGGCAGGUUGCCUAGCAGUUAGCGCAUUGGGCCAGUAACCGAAAAGUUGCUGGUUCGAAUACCCGAGCCGACAAGGUGUAAAAUCUGUUGAUGUGCCUUUGAACAAGGGGUGCUGUACUACAAUGGCUGACCCUGUAAAACAACACAUUUCACUGCAACUAUCCGGUGUAUGUGACAAUAAUAAAACUAUUUUUUUAAAGAAUUGGCCCCAUAAUGAUGAUCUGUGUGCAGUAUUAAUGAAUGAUCUGACCCCCGGUCCUCUUUAGAACCAAUAUAUAGUAUUAAUGAAUGAUCUGUCCUCUUGCCCAUUUAGAACCAGUAUGAGAAACAUAAGGAGGUGUCUACAGCCCAGGGAGUGAAGAUCCUGGGGAAAGACCUGGAGAAGACCCUGGCAGGGCUCCCCCUGCUGGUGGCCCACAAGGAGGACGAGGUGGCCGUGCUCAGGGUAAGACUGGCACAUUGUACUGUAUAUCAGGAUUUCUUUUAAAAAAUCAGCUCGAGACCCAAAUGAGAAAUUGACCGUCCUCCAACGACCCAAAUUAAGAAUGAAUAGUGUGUGAUUUAUAGAUGUAUUCUCAUAAUUCGCAAACCCACCUCUCACAUGUUCAGGGCCCACUUUGAAACCCGACCCAUAGUUUAAGAAACGCUGCUGUAUAUGAGAACAGGGCUGUGUCUCAAUAGUGUUAGACAGGAACCCUCUGCCACCUACGGCUACAUGUCAAUAGUUAUGAAUGGCUCCCUGCUUCCUGUCCUUGUAUUUUUUUCCUUCUCUGAGUGAGUUACUAGUACACACACACACGGUGUAUUGAGAUCCUCUGCGUUGUGAUUCCCCUGCAGGAUGAGUUGGUGCGGGAGCUGAAACAGACGCUGAACUCCAUCAAGCUGGAGGAGAAGGGUGUGUACGUCCAGGCCUCCACCCUCGGAUCCCUGGAAGCCUUGCUCGAGUUCCUACGAGUGUCCAAAGUGCCUGUGAGUAUCACCCACAUAUGCUUACCGCUCAUACACACACACACACACACACACACCGUAUCAAACUACAAUAUAGUAUUGAGAUAAUGUGCUGUAAUGUUCAUGUUUUUCCGUCUCCUCCAACAGUACGCUGGCAUCAACAUCGGUCCAGUUCACAAGAAAGACGUGAUGAAAGCUUCCACUAUGCUGGAGCAUGACCCACAGUACGUGACCUUUUUCUUCCUGUUUCCCCUCCUGUUAUACAUUUGUUUGUUUGGUUACUGUCUCAGCAUGAUUAACCCUUUCCGUGUAAACUGGACAAUAACACAAAUGAAAUGCUAUUCUAUUCUAGGUAUGCAACGAUCCUGGCGUUUGAUGUGAAGGUGGAGAGGGACUCCCAGGAGAUGGCUGACAGUCUGGGGGUGAGGGUGUUCAGUGCUGAGAUCAUCUACCACCUGUUUGAUGCCUUCACCAAGUACAGAGAGGACUACAAGAAGGCCAAGCAGGACGAGUUCAAGUAUGUGAACACACACACCCUUUACAUGAUACCAACCAUGACUUUGUUUUGCUGUCAUAGGCCAUGGCACAAGUGAUACACACUGAGCCCAUUGGAAGGCUUCCACCUGUCCUGCCUGGGCUUGGUUUCCAGACAGGACAGUAGGUGUGUGGUAUUACUGGGCUAGGUUUCCAGACAGGACAGUAGGUGUGUGGUAUGCCUGGGCUAGGUUUCCAGACAGGACAGUAGGUGUGUGGUAUGAUUGGGAUAGGUUUCCAGACAGGACAGUAGGUGUGUGGUAUGACUGGGAUAGAUUUCCAGACAGGACAGUAGGUGUGUGGUAUGACUGGGAUAGGUUUCCAGACAGGACAGUAGGUGUGUGGUAUGACUGGGAUAGGUUUCCAGACAGGACAGUAGGUGUGUGGUAUGACUGGGAUAGGUUUCCAGACAGGACAGUAGGUGUGUGGUAUGACUGGGAUAGGUUUCCAGACAGGACAGUAGGUGUGUGGUAUGACUGGGAUAGGUUUCCAGACAGGACAGUAGGUGUGUGGUGUAGUAACAGUCGUUUUCUCUGUGUUUCUCAACAGACACAUUGCGGUGUUCCCCACUAAGCUGAAGAUCCUGCCUCAGUUCAUCUUCAACUCUAGAGACCCCAUCGUCAUGGGAGUCAACGUGGAGGCUGGGGUCCUCAGACAGGGAACCCCACUCUGUGUGCCCAGCAAGGGGGUGAGUGUGUGCGUGCGUGCACCGGUCUGUGUGUGUGUGUGUGUGAGAUCUGUUUAAUCUCAGUGGGGUUUCUAUCUUGGUAGAAACGGGUAUAAUAAAAUGAUCUCACUCUGAUUUAUUACCUGUCAGUUUGUGGACAUUGGCAUCGUGACCAGCAUUGAGAUCAACCACAAGAUGGUGGACAGUGCCAAGAAGGGCCAGGAGAUCUGUAUAAAGAUCGAACCGAUCCCUGGAGAGGCACCCAAGAUGUUCGGCCGACACUUUGAGGCCACCGACAUCCUCGUCAGCAAGGUACGGUCACAAACAAUGUGGUGGGUUUUUCAGGUCAGUACAGUGUAUCAAGUGUUGUAAGUACUCACUGUUCCACUGUACUGACAGCAGCUCCCCAAACCCUAACAGCAUUGGGUUCUGUACCAAAAGUAGUGGACUAUAAACAGAACAGGGAGAAUUAGGAGUCCUGAAUGUGGUCAUUCGUUUUGUUCUCCAGAUCACCAGAGCGUCCAUCGAUGCCCUGAAGAACUGGUUCAGAGACGAGAUGGGCAAAUCUGACUGGCAGCUUAUCAUGGAGCUUAAGAAGACUUUUGAAAUCAUCUGA